AUGGGAAAAUCUCAAUCAAAACUUUCACAGGAGCAGCUAGCCGAACUCCAGAAAUCCACGCAUUUCGACAAGAAGGAAUUACAACAAUGGUAUAAGGGCUUCCUGAAAGACUGCCCGUCGGGCAUGCUCACGAAGGAAGAGUUCCAGAAAAUAUACCGACAAUUCUUCCCAUUCGGCGACCCGUCUUCAUUUGCAGAUUAUGUAUUCAAUGUUUUUGAUUCAGACAAAUCUGGGUCUAUUGACUUCAAAGAAUUCAUCUGCGCUUUGAGCGUCACGAGUCGCGGUAAAAUGGAAGACAAACUUGAUUGGGCCUUUCAACUAUAUGACAUCGAUGGCGACGGCAAGAUAAGCUACGAUGAGAUGCUCAAGAUCGUAGAGGCGAUCUACAAAAUGGUCGGCUCGAUGGUGAAGCUCCCCGAAGACGAAGAUACCCCCGAGAAACGCGUCAGGAAAAUCUUCAGCAUGAUGGAUAAGGACGAGAACGGUAGUCUAGAUAUGGAGGAGUUCAAGGAAGGCAGCAAACGCGACGAAACCAUCGUCUCGGCAUUGUCCCUGUACGAUGGAUUGGUGUAA